UAGCGAUAUAUUAACUGCUAAGAGACUGGUAAAUGAUGUAGACAUCUAUUCAAUGGACGACUCGUAAAGGUGGUGCAAAUACUGUUUGUGCAAAGGAAGUACGGGGCUCGACCAAAGGCACGGUUGUGAUAUUUGUAUCAGCAGCUAUACUCGUGUAUCCUUCUUCCCAUUUGAUUACGGUUGUUUUGCUCGAGAUUUUUGUCUUUAUGAUGAGUUCGGCUCGGCAAGCAUCUGUUGAGGGUGUUGGUGAUGUCUGGACCGCAGGUGACUCUGGUUAUGUGCUCAGCCUAGGCAACGGAACAACGAACGCUAUGGUCACGGUAUUCAACAUUUCCGGAGGAAAGACGCCAGUGAGUCAGGCGCAACGUUUCGACUGAAGCAGUAGAAAUAUGGGUAAGAACGCCAAGGUUAUGGCUGCCACGUUGUCAGAGGUCUUGGGUACUUGGCUGGGUUGCAGCCUGAAUUCUGCGUUGAGGUGAUAGUGUCAGGCAUAUUUUCUUUCGCCCU